AGAAAUCGAGAAUUGAGAUAACAGUGUAUGGCCGCAGUGUGGUGUUUCAGUGCUCAGAGUUCCCGCCAGUCCUAGUUCCGAUCAACCCCGCCCAACGUCGUACAGCUUACGUGAAAUGCGUGCGUCGUCGCCGUUGGCGCUAACCAGCAUGUUUCCCGUAACCGUCUAGACAAAGUUCGUCCAUAGUUUCGCCAAAAAAAUAUAAGUUCUAAAAAUAGUGAAAAUUUCGCAAGUGAUAUCAGGUCGACCUUCUUGGAAAUCGAUCUCUUGUUACUCGGACGUGUGAUACGGCGGACGUUCUCGAUCGCAGGUUAUACGUUGAUAGCUAAGAUAUCGUGUCUCUUCGCAUAUUGUGUCGAAAUUAAAAGAAAAGUUUAAUUGUAAACACUUACAUUUUCGGUUCGCAUUAUAUGUAAAGUCGAUGUGUGCUGACCUAAUAUUCGUUUGAUUUCAAUCGCCUCAAUAGCACUUACUUGGCUCUAACGUAUCAAAUAUAAUAAGUGAAAUCGUUUAUCUAUUUUGCGAUAUUUUGAUGACUAAUCAGAUCACAAUAGUUAUGGAAAUUCAAUUUAGACAUGACAUUCAAAAAAAAUCUAUACAGUUACAAUUUCAAAGUUCAUUCAGAAGACAAUUCUUUAUUUUAUUAAUAUAGUAACAACAGUAAGAUAUUCUUAUGACUGCGUCAAUAAAACACAAUUUCAAGAUGGUUGAUACACGUACUUUAUCUGAAUCGGCUGAAAAAGAAAAACAAGAAAUGGAGCAAUUAACAAAACUUAUGACAAUGAAAUCAGCUCAAAUAAUUGUGCAAUCAAGAAUGGGUGAAAAAUUACAUACAAGUUGUUCAAGUCAAAACAGCUCAAUGAAUGUCGCAAUAAAAGAAUUUCCAGACGUUAUCGCGGAAACAAAAUUGGCACUAAGUAAUGGUCUUGGCGAUUCUGUUCCUUUAUGUAUUGAAAUAUUUCUAAAAACUGUCGAUGGAGACACAAUGACUUUAGAAACAUGGAGUAUCGGUCUAAUACCCGAAAGUGCAUUUGACCCUUUUUGCUCACGACAUUUAGUUUACACUUUAUACAAUCGUUUAGGGGUACUACUUAAAUCUCUAGUAUCAGUGUCUCGAGUGAUACCUGCAUAUCGAUACUCUAGACAACAAUCGCAAGAUUCCUUUCAAAUUCAUCAUAGAAUUUACGCAGGAGAACCUGAGGUUCACACUCUUGGAAAAGAAUAUAAAGAAUUACAAAUUGGUCAAGUAUCCAUGCCUAUUGGUACUAUUCAUGUAACAGUUUGUUAUCGUACAUCUAUGACUUUGACAUCGCAACAAGAUCCUAUAAUGCUUAAAAGUGAUCACUUCCGUAAAGAGUAUAGUCCAAGGCACAAUCAAAUCAAAACACCUAUUAUUGAAUCAACCAGAAAAGCUUAUAUAAUGGAUGACUGGACUGUUGGAGCAUUUUCUGAAAGUUUAGAAGAAAAAGUGAAAAAAUUAAAUUUAUAUCGUAUCCCAGAACUUCCAAGAGAUAAUUUUAUAAAACCAAGAAAACAGGCAGAGUUUUGGCCACCACAUAUGGUUCCUAGUAGUCAAUUAGCUAAAACUCAGGAGGAUUCAUUUAGUGAUAAUAAUACUACAGUUAUUAAAUCUCUGAACAACAAUAUUUUGCCUUCAAAUAUUACUGAAAAUUCUAGUACAAGACAUGAAGUUAACAAUAAAGUUAUAUUAUCAGAAUUGGAAACUAAAAAUCAAGUCAAUCAGUCGAUGAAUACAUCUAGUAAUGAGGCCAUCAAUGAUUUUAUUUUGGUAGAAUUGGGUCAAUCAGUUAAACUUCAAUCACCAGAAGAUUUUUGUCGUAGAAGAAGUUAUGAUAUCAAUCCUUUGCAAUUUAAACCAGCUGCCUUUUCUGACUCAAACCCUAACAUCGAAUUGGCCAUGUUCUAUCAAAAAUUUCUUGGUGCACCUACACUCAAAUUACGCUCAGAUCAUUUAAAUAUCAAUAAUCACUUAUCUGAAAUAGCUGAACAGAUAAAAAGUUUUAAUGAGCGAAUGGAAGAGUUUGACAGGGUAGUUUUAGACUUAUGUCGUACAGAUGAUGACAGUGAAUAGUCUAUAUUAAAAUAUCUCUUACUGCUAUUUUACAAGACUGAUUGCCAGGACGAGUAAAAGCUCAAUUAUAUUUGACAUUUUUUUUUCUUUUUUAAGUAGAAAUAUUUAUUUUAAUAUGUAUUAUUUAAAAUAAAGAAAAAGAAAAAAAUUGGAACAAGACAUUUAUAUAAAGUGUAUAUUUUUAAAUAUGUGACUGAUUGAUUAUAAAUUAUUUGUUUCUAUGUAUAUGUAUACUGUUUAUAUAUGAUCCUUUUAUAAGGAGGUCUUUGAAACCCAUAUAAUUGGAUCCAACAGUUCCUUCUUUUGUUAUAAUAUUGUGUAGCAAAUAAAUAAAAUUGUUUGCAUUUAUAUUUAAUGCAAUUAAGUUUUAAUUCUUUA